AUGUUCGCCUGCCUCCGCAUCUCGCGCGCGCCCCUAACGCAUGCCUAUCGUGCAUUCUCGACUGCUGCUCCACUGCGCAAUGCCAACACCACCGACGAGCCGGCCGAGGCUAUGCGCAGACUCGCAGAUCUUGUCCAGUCAGCCGCCGAAGAGCAAGGCAAACGGAGCCGCCCUCCCAGCAACCCUGUUGGAAAAACCAAAGCUAAUACAGCCAAACCAGGUGCACCACCUCUUUCCCAGUGUAUCCACUCGAUGUACACAACUAACACUCGUGCACUCCCCCAGUUUAUAAGCCCCCACGAGUUCACCCGGGAGAACCGCAUCACAAAGCCCUACACAAGGCGCAAAGAGCAAACAAUGGGCCCCUCGCGAGCACACGCCCAGUCCAUCGAUGCUUUCCGCAAACUCUCCAUCGACCCCUUGGACGAAUUCAAGAAUCCGCUGUUGCUCAAGCCCUUCGUCACCGACAUGGGCAAGAUCCACUCGAGGGCCAAGACCGGCUUGACAUGGCGUUCUCAGCGGCGCGUUGGCAAGGCCAUACGACGCGCCAGAGCCAUGGGCUUCGUCCCGCUCUGGAGCUCGCCCGAAGUCUACGACGGGUUCACGAUCGUAAGGUCGACGUUGCCCGACUGGACGCGUACUUCGCGAUGA